UUGUACGUUGUUGUGGAUGAAAUAGUGUACAAUUGCACGCAAUUCGUCCAUGAACAUCCAGGUGGUUCUCGGGUGAUUGAAAACUUCAAAGGUCAAGAUUGCUCAUGGCAGUUUUGGAGAUUCCAUUCAGAAAAGAACAUGGAGGAGUGGGGGAAGCCGCUGAGAGUUGCGCGUACAAAGGAUGUAAGGAACAGAUGGAAGGAAAGGCCGAGAUGGGUGGGAUUGAGGAAGUUUGGUGCGAUAGAGGAAGGGGAUUGGUGA